AUGACAGCCAAGCAGAGCAAAACAGGAAGGGAAAUUCCGUUUCCACCUUCUGGGAAGCAUGGAAUAACGGCUUCUUUUUGGUGUUUUUGGCAGGUUUUUUAUCUGGAGCAGCUGCUUUGCUGUGUGGAAAAUCUCGUUGAGCUGUGCCAGGAAGACUGCAAAGAAAUAAGCCUCCAGCUCACCAAGGUUUUGGUGACCAUCAUGGCAAUACCAACCGCUGGGCAUUUAUAUGUAAAGUUGGAGGAAGCGAUGAGUGCCUUGGCUGAGGUCCAGCACAUCCGGGAUGCCACCGGCUUAUACAAGCAGCACAUAUCUCAGCUGAUGGAAUGGCUGUCCUCGACUCACCACGGCUGGAGCUCCUGCUCACCCGAACUCCUGCAGCUGGACGUAGUUGCUACUCAGUCAGGGCCUCUGAUUGCCGAAGUCCUGAAGGAUUUUAUUUCCAUUCUUAAAACCUGCCUUCACACUUCCAAGGACCCUCGGAUGCGCCUAAAGUUAUUUUCUAUUUUAUCCCAAUUGCUUCAGAGCCCAGGCGAGACGGUCAAUUCAAAAGGGUAA